ACUUUUCACGGAAAUGUUGCAUUUGGCAUUAUUUCUGCCUUUUCUCGUCAAUUUUGUUACUUGUGAAGAUGACCAAACUAUGGCCCUGAAAUUUCUAGGCCAUUAUGGAUACAUCUCAUCCUCACGAAGCGGUAACCACGAUGUAGCGACCGCUAUCCGAGGGUUUCAGAAAUUCUAUGGUCUCCCAGUGAAUGGCGAGCUCGAUGAAGCAACAGUUAGUCUCAUGAAGAAGCCUCGAUGUGGUAUGGCAGACCCUGUUGAGGAGGGCAGACGCGUGCGAAGGUACGCUACUAAUGGAGAGUGGAGAAAGAAUCAUUUGACUUAUUUUGUGCAGCAUGGCUACGAUCUACCCAAUGAUCAACAAACGGUCAUAUUUGGUCAAGCAUUUAAGUUCUGGGCUGAUGUGUCCGGAAUGUCAUUUAGCGAGGUCAUGGAUGCCAACAGCGCAGACAUCAAGAUAAGUUUUGGACGGUACAGUCACGAAGGGACUAGUGUGGAAAGAACUUGUCCUUAUCCCUUUGACGGAGCUGGAGGUACUUUAGCGCAUGCGUACUAUCCUUCUGACGGACGAGCUCAUUUUGAUGAGGAUGAAACGUUUACUCAUGACACAUCUAGUGGUACCAACCUUCUGUGGGUGGCAACCCACGAGUUUGGUCAUUCUUUAGGACUGGCUCACUCUAAUGUCCGUGGUGCCAUCAUGUACCCCUACUAUACAGGCUAUGUACCAAAUAUGCAGCUUCAUUCUGACGACAUUGCAGGGAUACAGUAUUUAUACGGCCCCAACACUGGCGGUGGUGGUGGAGUACAGACUCCUAUUCCUAGCCUUGCUCCCACUACUCCUGCUCCCACAGAUUCAGGUACGUGCAGCGACAGAAUGGGAUGCAAACCUUAUGUGGAUGCUGAUUAUUGCCGAAUAUACCCCGAUAAUAUGAAGUACUGGUGCCCCAAGUCCUGUUUCAAUUGUAACGUGUGAACGCCGAAACUAAGUGUCACGUGAGACGCACUCUACAAAAUCAUUGAUGUAGAAGUAUGUCAGAUACAACUCAAUAAAAAAUACAUAAUUGCA